AUGGUCCAACUCGAUUCCACUCCAGCACUUCUGAUAAUCGAUAUGCAAAACGCCUUUUGCCACAACCAAGGCAGCUUCUCAAAAUUAGCCAUGCAAAGCCCACCAACAGCCAUCAUCCCACCCAUCAACUCCCUCCGCCUCGCCUUCCGCACCGCCAAAUUCCCGGUCUUCUUCCUCCGGACAGGCUACAACGCCGACUACUCUGACCGCCGCGCCUGCGACAGAGGGUACAGUAUAGAACGACUUCAAGGUCUAAUCCGAGGGUCUUGGGACGCUGAUAUUCUCGAUGAACUGAAACCCGAACCUGACGAGAAUGUUGUUGACAAGACGAGGAAUUCGGGGUUCUUUCGGACGGGGCUGGAAAGUGUGCUGAGGGAGAGGGGGGUCGAUCAUUUGGUUUUGGUGGGGGUGGGGACGGAUGUUUGUGUGGAGUCGACGGCGAGGGAGGGGUAUCAGAUGGAUUUUGGGGUUACGACUGUUGGUGAUGCGACUGGGACGUUUAAUGAGGCGGAUCAUUUGGCUGCUUUGCACGCCUUGCGAUAUUUUGGCGGCACGGCGUCGACGGCGGAGGUCAUUGAAGCUUUGCAGAAGCUAUGA